AGGGCCACCACAAUCCGCACGCCCACACAAGUACAUAUCAUUCUUCUCUCUCUCUUCCUCACAACUCAGGGCUCAACCAACCCAAGAGCGAGUGCCCCCACUUCUAAAACGACCCUUCCACCGACUGAACUACCUCCACCACCACUACUACCACCACCAUCAUAUUAACAACAACCACACGAAAACUCUCUUCAACCUAUAACCCAAACUCAGCUUGCUAGAUAGAUAGAGAGAGAGAGAGAGAGAGAGAGAGAGAGAGAGAGAGAGAGGUGAAGCCAAGAUGUACAGGGAUGUUUCAAGCUGCAACACGUAUAACUAUGGCGAUGCUUUGUAUUGGGAUGCGCGCUAUGUGCAGGAGGCCUGUAGCUUCGAUUGGUACCAGCGUUACUCUUCUCUUCGCCCCUUUGUUCGUCGCUAUAUUCCCACUUCCUCUCGCGUUCUCAUGGUUGGCUGUGGCAAUGCUCUUAUGUCAGAGGACAUGGUCAAGGAUGGAUAUGAAGAUAUAAUGAAUGUUGACAUUUCAUCAGUGGCCAUUGAAAUGAUGAAAGGAAAAUAUGAAUAUAUCCCUCAGCUCAAAUACAUGCAAAUGGAUGUUAGAGACAUGAGCUUCUUCCCAGAUGAGUCUUUUGAUAGUGUCAUCGACAAGGGAACUCUUGAUUCCUUGAUGUGUGGAAAUGAUGCUCCAAUUAGUGCUGCUCAGAUGUUGGGGGAAGUGAGCAGGCUUCUUAAACCUAGAGGAAUUUAUAUGUUGAUAACCUAUGGUGAUCCUACAGUAAGGAUGCUUCAUUUAAGCCGGCCUGUGUACAAUUGGAAAAUAAUAUUGUACAUAAUACCUAGACCAGGAUUUGAAAGGCCUGCAGGUAGUUCAUCACCACGCUCAUUUUUGGAACCUGUUCCUAUCACUGAGAAGGGCUUGAUUCCAGCAGAUUUUGUAUUGGAAGAUCCAGAUUCUCACUUUAUUUAUGUGUGUAAAAAGAUGGAUGAAACAACAGAGCUCCAUAGCAUACCUGACCACCCAUUGAUGGCUAAUGUUUUGUAGGAUUAAGGCACUAAGGUAGUAUUUACUAUAGAUGAUUUUUGCUGCUUGUACCAUAAGGACUAGUCAUUGGUGAGCUUUGAGUAUUUGUUACAAAAGAGGGAUUGUAUAUUGUUAUUUCUGACAUAUCAGAUUUGGAUCUGGACAUGAAGAAGUAAACGAAUAGGAAGAAUUAACCAUAUCAGAGAUGAGUAGUAAAAUAAGUACUGCAGUUCAUCGCUGCUUCUGUACCAGUGGCGUCACUUGCAUUUUCUGGUUUAACAUUUUGUUUGACUUUAGACAUGCUUAAUUUCAUUGUAGAACUUGUUUCAUUGAAGGAACUUCAUUUCUUGGUUCCCUUUAAUUUGAUAUGAUGAUUGUUGAUUUAUGUUA